UGGCGUGACCAAAAACUCCUUUCAAUCGUCUUAUAAAUACAUUUUCUGUCUCGUCCAUCCUUAGUUAAAGAUAAAAAAACUGGGGUUGCAUCUUACACGCGCCCCACGCGGUACUCUUACACACGCGCGAAUCGAACACGGUUCCCACCAUCAUCCAACAAGAAAGCGCCACGUAAGCAAAACAAGGUACAUAUUAGUCGAACGUGGCACUGUUUCAUUUUAUGAGUAAACUGUUCUACUCCUCACCCCUUACACUCACUCUCACAAGUUCUAUAAAGGUUGGGAACAGGUCGUUUGGCGGAGCAACGCCGCGAGAGGUAGCGAACGAUGGGGCCUGGUGGUUUCCGUCCGCGGAGCAAGUGGGCGGCGCUGGCGGCGAGCGCCUGGAUCCAGUGCGCCGCCGGUGCGUCCUACUGCUUCGGCGUAUACUCACCUCUCCUCAAGGCGAGCCAGGGCUACGACCAGUCCACCCUCGACUCCGUCGCCUUCUUCAAGGACGUCGGCGCCAACGUCGGCGUCCUCUCCGGCAUCCUCUACUCCGCCUUCCCCGGCCGCCCCUGGACCGUCCUCGCCGCAGGCGCCGUCCAGUGCCUCGCCGGAUACCUCCUCAUGUGGCUCUCCGUCGCCGGCGUCCUCCCCCGGCCCCCUCCCCUCCUCAUGUGCCUGUAUAUGCUGCUCGCCGCUCACGCCCAGACCUUCUUCAACACCGCCGAUGUCGUCACCGCCGUCGAGAACUUCCCCGAUAGCCGGGGCACCGUCAUCGGCAUCAUGAAGGGGUUUCUGGGCCUAAGUGGUGCAAUACUUAUUCAGAUAUAUAGGGCAUUGUUCGACGGCAAACCAAGCUCCUUCCUUCUAAUGCUUGCACUGUUGCCCACUCUCCUAACAUUGCUGCUUAUGUUUUUCGUAGAAGUUCAUAAGACAAAUGGAGGACGUGACAAGAAAUUUCUUGAUGUUUUCUCACUCAUUGCUUUAACCAUUGCUGGUUAUCUUAUGCUCGUUAUAAUAGGGGAACGUAUUAUGACUGUGGGAUCGGAAGCCCGCAUUCUGAUAUUUCUAAUGCUUCUGCUGUUGCUCAUGUCUCCACUAAUCAUCGUAGUAAAAGCCCAGACAAAGGAAUUGAAGAUACCGGCAGAAGCUUCUUGUGAUGCUAGGAUCCGAUUGAUAGAGGAUAUCAAUUCAUUGCAAGUUAUAGAAGAGCGAAAGUACAGCCAACCAGCAGCUGAAAGAAGCUGCAUGAAGCAUGAUCAUGUUGGACCUGAUGAAAUUUCAUGUGAUAAUGGGCAUGAAAGAUACAACGAGGAAAAGUUUCUGCUGCCAAUGGGAGAAAACUUGAAUCUACUGCAGGCCAUAUGGACAUAUGACUUCUGGUUAUUGUUUCUAGCCAUGGCAUGUGGUAUGGGUUCAGGGUUGGCAACAGUAAAUAAUAUCAGUCAAAUCGGAGGUUCUCUAGGUUACACGAGCAUGGAAACAAGUACCUUAGUUUCUCUAUGGAGUAUAUGGAAUUUUCUGGGUCGUUUUGGUGCUGGUUACAUCUCGGAUUACUUCCUUCGGCUGAGAGGCUGUGCAAGGCCCCUGUUUAUAGCUGCAACACUUGCAAUCAUGAGUGUCGGUCAUGUAACAAUAUCUUCUGGCUUUCCUGGUUCUCUACAUGUGGGUUCUGUGCUGAUUGGUGUGUGUUAUGGUUCACAAUGGGCAUUGAUGCCCAGCAUCACUUCAGAGAUAUUUGGGUUAAGGCAUUUUGGCACCAUAUUUAACACUGUUGCCAUUGCAAGCCCCUUUGGCUCUUACAUCCUCUCUGUAAGAGUGGUGGGAUACAUAUAUGACAUGGAAUCAUCGUCAUCAUCGACAGGUGUACAAGAGUGCAUGGGUAGACAUUGCUUCAUGCUAUCAUUUCUGAUUAUGGCAUCCGUUAGCGUUUUUGGUUUUGCUGUUGCCUUGGCAUUGUUCUAUAGGACUAGGAGGUUUUACAAGCAGGUUGUAUAUGCAAGACUACAAACUUCUUUUGUAGAAUGAGAACUCAAGUCUUCUUCUUCAUUUUCUUCCAUGUUUUAACUCUUUUCUGCUGUAAAAAUGGAGAUAUAGUAAUUAGCAAGCUACAGGCAACGGUUUGAAAUGCUAAUGUUAUUUUGA